AUGGAGGCCCCUGAAUGGUUAGAUAAUGCCGUUGAUUUAGGUACUUCUAUUAUGGCAGUAGAAUAUGAUGGUGGUGUUAUUAUGGGUGCAGAUUCAAGAACUACCACUGGUGCAUAUAUCGCAAAUAGAGUUACAAACAAAAUUACCCCAAUUCAUGAAAGAAUUUAUUGUUGUAGAUCAGGUUCAGCUGCUGAUACUCAAGCAAUUUCUGAUUAUGUUAGAUAUUAUCUUGAAAUGCAUACUUCAGAAUUAUGUGAUGAACCAGAUGUAAAAACCGCAGCAAGUCUUUUCCAAUUAUUAUGUUAUAGUAAUAAAAACAAUUUAAUGGCUGGUAUUAUUGUAGCUGGUUGGGAUAAACAUCAAGGUGGUAGUGUAUACAAUAUUUCGCUUGGAGGUUCAAUGGUUAAACAACCAUUUGCUAUUGGUGGUUCAGGUUCAACCUAUAUUUAUGGUUAUUGUGAUUCCAAAUUUAAACCAAAAAUGACUAAAGAUGAAUGUAUUGAAUUUGUUCAAAAUUCAUUGGCUCUUGCUAUGUUCAGAGAUGGUUCAUCUGGUGGUGUAAUUAGAUUAUGUAUUAUCGACAAAAACGGUGUAGAACGUAAAAUGAUUCCUGGAAAUAAUUUACCAAGAUUCUGGGAGGGAUAA